CACUGUCAAUGUCAAUUCUGCUGUGGAUUUGUGGUUGUGGACAAUCGUAAUUCAUAAAACUAAAAAGCCUAUUUUUCAUUGGGGUCAACAUAUUAUUGUGAUAUAAUUCAAAUUGUUGUUUCUAUAAAAAUUACUUUGUGUACACGUUGUAUACUAUACAAAAAUUAUUGCUUUCUUAUUAAAUCUCACUUGUUAUUUUUCUUGGGUUAGUAAAUUCGUAUAUUCACCAUGAAACGAAGCUAUGACACUAUGAAUUCUUCAAUAGAGAUAAGUUCUUAUCGUGAUCAACAUUUUAAGGGCUCCCGAAAUGAACAAGAAAAGUUACUACGUGCAUCGUCAACGUUAUACAUUGGAAAUCUCUCGUUUUAUACGACGGAAGAACAAAUAUAUGAAUUAUUUAUGCGUUGCGGGGAACUGAGAAGAGUAAUCAUGGGUUUAGAUAAGUACAAGAAAACACCUUGUGGAUUUUGUUUUGUUGAGUAUUAUGCUAGAGCAGAUGCAGAAAAUUGUAUGAGAUACAUCAAUGGAACAAGAUUAGAUGACAGAAUUAUAAGAUGUGACUGGGAUGCUGGUUUUAUAGAAGGGAGACAGUAUGGACGUGGAAAAACUGGUGGACAGGUGCGAGAUGAAUACAGAACAGACUAUGAUGGUGGCAGAGGUGGCUAUGGUAAAAUUAUUGGACAAAAGAUAACUCCUAACACAUUAGAUCGUUGAAAUUUAUAUUUACAACCAACAAGCCACUGUUUUGAAAGACUGUAAUUCAAGAAUAUGUUCAUUCAGAUUGUAAUGAAGUGUGAAUAAAUAAUUUUUUAUGUAAA